GCACCUCUCUCUCUCUCUCUGUCUCUCUCUCUCUCAUCUGUCUUCUGUUACCUGCACCGACUUGAAAGUCCAGUUUCACAAGGAAGGGAACCGAGUGGAGGAAGAGAAAAUAAUGUCACAGGAGACAGACAAUAAAAGGUUGGUGGUGGUGGUGCCCAACGAGCCGUCCCUCCAUGGGCGGCGCGCCUACACAAGCGAGGAUGAAGCCUGGAGGUCGUAUUUGGAGAACCCGCUGACCGCCGCCACUAAAGCCAUGAUGAGCAUUAACGGAGAUGAGGACAGCGCUGCAGCUCUGGGGCUCCUCUACGAGUACUACAAGGUUCCCAAAGACAAAAGGGUGAUGCCCAUCGCCAAAGUGGUGGAAAUUUCAGAGGAACAAGAGAAAAGGAGUGCUGUUCUGGGCAGCAGCAGUGGUGCUGACUCUGAGUCAGUGGACAAUCACGUCCAGGUUCUGAAGUCCGUGCCCGUGAACCUGUGUGUGAGCGCGGAGCAGCAGGACUGUAAGCGUGAGCAGUUCGGCGGUGUGGUGAAGGCCGAGGUUUACGCUCCGGCCUUCAUGAGCUCCGGCAUGCAGUACAGGGCGGACACAGAGGAGCAGACAAGGGUAGUUUACGAACAAACACACCCAUUUGACUCCACGGCGGCCGGUCACACAGGCUUCGGCAAGGACGAGCAUCGCAGCAGCCCAGACAGCACGUACGAGGAGGACAGCAGCGAGAAAUUUCGGCCGUCGUCUCUGGGAGCAAACGAGUUCGUCUUUGACCCGUCAGGCACAGACACGUUUCAGUACACUCUGGAGGCCAGUCGCUCACUGCGGCAGAAACAGGGCGAAGGACCAAUGACCUACCUGAACAAAGGCCAGUUCUACGCCAUCACGCUGAACGAAACGAGCUCUAAUAAACGCCUCAGACACCCCAUCAGCAAAGUGCGGAGCGUGAUCAUGGUUGUGUUCAGUGAAGAUAAGAACAGAGAUGAGCAGCUGAAGUACUGGAGAUACUGGCACUCUCGCCAGCACACAGCCAAGCAGAGGGUUCUAGAUAUUGCCGACUACAAAGAGAGCUUCAACACCAUCGGGAACAUCGAGGAGAUCGCCUACAACGCAGUGUCCUUCACCUGGGACGUCAAUGAGGAGGCCAAGAUUUUCAUCACGGUGAACUGCCUCAGCACAGAUUUCUCCUCUCAGAAGGGGGUGAAGGGUCUGCCCCUCAUGAUCCAGAUCGACACCUACAGCUACAACAACCGCAGCAACAAACCGCUGCACAGAGCCUACUGCCAGAUCAAGGUCUUCUGUGAUAAGGGAGCAGAGAGGAAGAUCAGAGAUGAGGAGAGAAAACAGAAUCGCAAGAAAUCAAAAGGGAAGGACACAGGCGUUGGAGUGGUCAGUCUUCCAAAAAAGGGCGACACCACCCUCUUUAAGACGAUGACGGAUCUGGACGCUCAGCCGGUCCUUUUCAUUCCAGAAGUUCACUUUGGAAACCUGCAGAGGGCCGCUCAGGUAUUUACCUUCAACACUGAAGAGAUUGAGAGAGAAGGGAGCGUGCUGGUGAAGAGGAUGUUCCGGCCAGCUGACGAUGAUUACUGCCCCUCCCCUCAUAAACAGGCCAAAGAGGAGACACAGAAGAGAGUGCUCCUGUACGUGAGGAAGGAGUGCGAUGAGGUGUUUGACGCUCUGAUGCUGCGUUCCCCCACCCUCCGAGGCCUCAUGGAUGCAAUCUCAGAGAAGUACGGCGUGCCUGUGGAGAGGAUCGCCAAGAUCUACAAGAAGAGCAAGAAAGGGAUCCUGGUGAACAUGGACGAUAACAUCGUGGAGCACUACUCCAACGAGGACACGUUCAUCCUGAGCAUCGAGAGCUACGCGGACGCCUACAAAAUCACUCUGCUGGAGAUAUAAACGCUCACUGACCAUUGAGCGGACACGUGUACAGAACAUGAAGGCUGAAGGACCUCACAGUGCUGGUUAGAGCCGCUUCGUCCUCACAGAGCCACUGCAGAGUCAGCGCUGAACACUGAGCCCACAUUGAUUUGCACAGUUUCACACCUGUUGACACAGAUGUAGCCGAUCAGCCGAGACACUGAGCUAUGAGGCUAAUGUGGCUCACAGCUGUGGUUAAAUUACAGUGACCUGUAGUAGGUGUAACCCCCCAUCCCCCCACCCCCCUUCUGAAAACCUAGAACAUAUAGAACUAUUUAUAAAAAGGUUCUAUAUCCCCAAAAAGGGGUCUUUAUAUUGUUACAAGCUUG